AUGAGUCUCUUCUCGUCCUUUAUUAUCGAGCCCGUUGUGCGCCAUGCACGCCGCUUCUCAGGCGUUGGCGAGGCGAGCCAUGACGGAGCUCGGUCUCUGGCAUGUGACAAUCACGACUCUGCGUCUGCGGCAGUGCCACGGCGGGAGCACGAAACGGACGCGGGCUCCGUGAGCGCACGUGAAAGAAACAGCACCGAAGCCCUGGGCGACGGGUUCCGACGUUACUCGUCGUUCUCGCAGCGGCCUCGCAGCGCGGUUGUUGACGAGGAGCAGAGCCAUGACGAUCUGCCAAUAGACACCCCAGUCGACAUGUCCGCGAAUCCAUCCCGCUCCCUCGCUGAUCAGUUCCGGCACCUCGAGGUCGACUCGUCACGCUCGACCACGACUGCACCGUCGCCCUCGUCGCUCCGUCCCGCCAGCACCCCCAGCCAGCAUGCCAGCGCCAUGGCUGAGCUGCUCCCCGCUGACGAUGGCAUGGCCCAUCUCCGCGAGCGCAUCCACGAGAUCCGCGCCCUGAGCAUCUCCGACCAGGAGCGCGCCCGCAUGAUCCACAACCUCAUGACGGAGAAGUACAACCACAUGCGCCCGACGUCCCCCGCGAGCUUCAUCUCACACGACCGCCCCUUCACCCCGACCUCCGGCCAGUCCCUCUUCUCCGACGUCCAUGCGUCAUCGCCCUACUCGUCCACCACAGACGUGACCCCCGAGAUCUCGUACAAUCUGCGCGAGGGCGACACGAACCCCACGUAUCGGCCCCAUCACGACCACGGCGCAGAGCACGGCGAAGACGACGAGGAGGACAGCGCCGAGGGGGAGCUUGUGCUCGGCUGCCAGCAUUACAAGCGCAACGUCAAAGUGCAAUGCUUCGAGUGCCGCCGCUGGUACACGUGCCGACACUGCCACGAUGCAGUCGAGGACCACAACCUGAACAGGAAGCUGACACAGAACAUGCUGUGUAUGGCAUGCGGUACGCCCCAACCAGCAGCCGAGGUGUGCAAGAACUGUGAGACGGAAGCCGCAUGCUACUAUUGUGACAUUUGCAAGCUCUGGGAUAACAACAGCAAGAAGAAGAUCUACCACUGCCCAGACUGUGGUAUCUGCCGGCGAGGAGAAGGUCUGGGCAAAGACUUCUAUCACUGCAAGAGUUGCAAUGUUUGCAUAUCUAUCUCUCACGCGACCUCGCACAAGUGCCUCCCGCGUGCCACCGAGGGCGACUGUCCAAUCUGCGGCGACCAUCUCUUCACUUCGUCUACUGCUGUCGUGUCAAUGCCUUGCGGCCACUAUCUUCACAAAGGGUGCUACAACCUCUACAUGCAGACUGCGUACAAAUGCCCAAUUUGCAAAAAGAGUGCUGUGUGUAUGGAUCUGCAGUGGCAGAAGUUGACUCAAGCAAUUGAGGGUCAGCCCAUGCCAGAGCAGUUCGCAAACACACGGGCAGUUGUCCAGUGCAACGACUGUUCAGCAAAGUCUUCUGUCAAAUAUCACUGGCUUGGCAACCAAUGCGGUACAUGCGACUCUUACAACACCAACGAGCUCCGCAUUCUGAACGGGCCAGAGAGUGAAGAAGCUGCCAAUGCGAUACUAGACGCCGACCUUGAUUCAGGCUCGAGAUCGCCUGUGAGCGUCAGCUCGCCCUCCUCCCAAGCACCACUUCGUUCGCCUCGGUACUAUUUUCAACCAGAUGAGCCUGAAGAGACAUGGCUACCAGAUAUUCGAGCUGAAGAUGUGCCCUUCAUCGAUCUCAGCAACGACGACCGCGCCGAACGUCCCGCGACAGAUGGUACCACGGUUAAGGAACCGUCACUCCCGCAGUACGUUCUAGAGCGGUUCACGCAGUCGCUCGUGCGCUUCAGGAACGAUUUGAAUCCGGCUUUAUUCGAAGAAAUCCCGACAUUGGAUCUUUCGCAAGAUCGUGAUCCCGAAGGAUUGCAGUUCUGGGGUGAAGAUGGUGGGCGGCUGAAUCGCUUCGUUGCCGGCGAUGAAGACGAUGAGGAUGACGAAGAUGAAGAGAGUAGCAGCGAUGAAAGCGAACACCACGAAGAUGAAGACGACGAUGAGGAUGAUCUUGAUGUUACCAAAAAGCGUGGUAAGGAAUUCGACCUGCCAGGUCAUGUGUAA